GCAAAUGGAUAGGCAUCGUUUUAGAUGAGCCUAAGGGAAAAAAUAAUGGAACUGUCCAAGGAAAGCGUUAUUUUACAUGUGAAGACCUGUACGGAAUCUUUGUUAGGGUGACCCAGAUCACUCUCCUUGAUGAUUCCGACUUAUCAGCUCAUUCCGAUAGUACUAACUCACCACUUUUGACUCGAUCAUCAGAUGAUAUAAAAAUAAGGCCGAGUCCCUCAGAAUCACGUUUACAAAUCGGAUUAAGAAGAUCGGCCAUUGGAAAAAUCGUGAUAUAUAUGUAA